AUGGACCGGUCACAAUCUCUUAAUGCCCCACCAUUCUUUGAUGGAGGCAACUAUGCUUUUUGGAAGGUCCAAAUGAGGGCUUUCUUGUGUGCUAUAGAUGAGUCCAUAUGGGAUUUUGUUGAGAAUGGGUAUGUUAAACCCACAAUUGCCAAGUCCGAAUGGGACAAGGCAACUCUUGUAUUAGCUAAUGCGAAUAGUAAGGCCAUUAAUGCUAUAUUAUGUGGUGUGUCCCUCGAUGAGUUUCACAGGAUAUUGCACGUGAAGACAGCUAAGGAAGCUUGGACGAUCCUUGAAACAACCUAUGAAGGUACCAAGAAAGUCAAGGACACGAAGCUUCAAAUGCUUACCACCAGUUUUGAAGAACUUAAGAUGGGAGAUGAUGAGGCUUUCGACUCUUUCUAUGGAAAGCUCAAUGAGAUCGCAAUUGCCAAACUCAAUCUCGGAGAGAAGAUUGAAGAUUCUAAAGUGGAUGAUGUGGAGAAGGAAGUAUCAUUCCUUGCAAAGAACUUCCUAAAAUUUCUAAAGAUGAAAAAUAGUGGGAAGCCUUUCAACAAAGGGAAGUUUUCAUCUUACAAGGGUGAUAGGAAGGAAUUCAGGAAGAAAGAUGAGAAGGAGCCUUAA